GCGGCGAGAACCCCGGCGGGGCGGGGCGGGCCGGCACGUCCCGGUUCGGCUGCGGCGGAGCGAGCGGGGCCAGCUCUGCAGAAGGCGGCGGCUAGCUAGCCGGGACGGUCACAUCCCGCUGCAGGGGCCGGCGGAGCAGCCGCACUGCCUCCCGCACCUGGACUCCGGCCAGCGGCCAGGCCGCGCCGGCACCGCCCCCCGCUCAGGGACAGACUACGUGGCCCGUCCGAGCUCUGGGGUCCCCCGCAGCCCCGCGGCCCGCUCCCGCUGCGCCUCCACCUGCCCUCUGCCCGCAGCUCGGUUCCGCGCUGCCCGCCGCGCCGGGCCCGCGUCGGGAUGGGGUAGGGGCAGCGCCGCGGAGCCGGGCGAUGGGCCGCCCUCUGGGCACCGAGCAGCCCCCCGAGGCCUGACCGACCGCGAGAACCGGCGGAGGAGCCCCGCCUGGAUGUCAAGCGGAUGCCCCAGUGCCUCACAGCGGACUCGGUGGGGACCAUGGCUUCGCUGAUGCCCCUCUCCCCAUAUUUAAGCCCUACGGUCCUCCUGCUGGUCAGUUGUGACCUGGGCUUUGUGCGAGCAGACCGGCCUCCCUCUCCUGUGAAUGUGACAGUCACUCACCUCAGAGCCAACUCGGCCACUGUGUCCUGGGACGUCCCAGAAGGCAACAUCGUCAUUGGCUACUCCAUUUCCCAGCAACGACAGAAUGGCCCUGGGCAGCGUGUGAUCCGGGAGGUGAACACCACCACCAGGGCCUGUGCCCUCUGGGGACUAGCUGAAGAUAGCGACUACACCGUGCAGGUGCGGAGCAUCGGCCUUCGGGGAGAGAGCCCCCCAGGGCCUCGGGUGCACUUCCGAACUCUCAAGGGUUCUGACCGGCUACCCUCCAAUAGCUCAAGCCCAGGUGACAUCACAGUGGAGGGUCUGGAGGGAGAGCGACCAUUACAGACAGGGGAAGUGGUUAUCAUUGUGGUGGUGUUGCUCAUGUGGGCCGCUGUCAUUGGGCUCUUCUGCCGUCAGUAUGAUAUCAUCAAGGACAACGACUCCAACAACAACCCCAAGGAGAAGGGGAAGGGGCCGGAACAGAGUCCUCAGGGAAGGCCGGUGGGGACGAGACAGAAAAAGUCACCAUCCAUCAACACCAUUGAUGUAUGAGUGAAGAAACCGAACUCGAAAACAGAUGCACUAACACCCUGGGGAUGGGGACAGGGUCAGGGAGAGCCUCAGUUGGUGAUCUGCCCAAGACUGAAGGAUCCCGUAAUCUCCUAGAGGGUAAUGACACUCCCACAAUCUCAGGCCUGGUGCCCAUCCUCUUUCCACUGUCAGCAGGGCCAGAAGGUAGGUCUCUUGGGGUCUGUGCCCCUGGACCUGGGGAAUGGCUAUCAGAUGGGAUAUGUCCUUCCAUCCCCCGGGUCCGGGGGACAGACACUUGUUCAACUGUAUCCCACUAGGUCCCAGAUGGGCCCCCAUUGCACCUGCAUCAGGACUCUCGGCAUCCCCAGCUGCCCUCACAUCUUGCCUCUGGGUCUCAAAGGGGGAGGGUUCUUUGGGUACUCCCCCUCCCCCAGCAACUCAAAGGAAUUGUCUGGGUCUGGAGGCAGAAGCUGCACUGCACUACUCCAAUGUCUUCCACGGAGCCUCAGGUGCUCCCCCUCUCACCUGGUAGCCCCCCAGCUGCUGGUGACCCCUUGGACAUUUUUCCAAUAAAUGUUCUUGGACAAACUGGAGAUGACUGUUUGGGAUGCUGUACAGAGAGCUGAAGACACUUCCCCACUGUCUCUCCCCUGACCACAAGGGCCUCUCACACCACUACCAACUUGACAGGAGCACUCUCAUUGCUUUAAGGUGUUUGUUUUGAUUCUAUAGCCUGGAAUGGGUGGGGAGAGGACAGAAAUGGGUGUAGAAAACUAGAGCCCUAGUUCCUUUUGUUUUGUUCAGUGAGAACGGGGGAGAAGGAAAAGAACGGGGUGGGGGAUAUAAAUUCUCCUGCAUCCGUGGAAACGAGGUCAUACCACAUGAGAGGCGCCGGUAACGUUUUUAAGUUCAAUGACCACAUUGACACCCAAGCUUUUCGCCAUUGAUUCCUCUGACUCCUCCAUCAACCUCGAGUUAAUUUCCAGAAAAGGACUGAACGGUUUUUUUGGACAAAUGAAAGAGCAGCUCCGCUAAUUGAUCCUUCAGUGCCACGUGCUCCUAUCCUGUGCACUCCUGUACUCCUAGUCUUCCCCACACUCACUUUUCCUUUUGUUUCUCUCUGCCUCUGUUUCGCUGAUUCGGUCAAAGUCAAUAAUAACUGUAAAGUGUAAAUGAGUUUAUAUUCACUCUCUGCCACUAUAUCCAGAGGAGGAUUAUGGAAAUAAAACUGAGGGGUUGGAACUCCCCUGUCAAAAGACUUCUA